AUGAGGUCUAUGGGGUCAAUGGGGUUUCUAUGGGGUCAAUGGGGUCUCUAUGGGGUCUCUAUGAGGUCUAUGGGGUCACUGGGGUCUCUAUGGGGUCACUGGGGUCCUCUAUGGGGUUUCUAUGUGAUUUCUCUAUGGGGUCUCUAUGAGGUCUAUGGGGUCAAUAUGGGGUCUAUGGGGUCACUGGGGUCUUUAUGGGGUCAAUGGGGGCUAUGGGGACUAUGGGGUCUCUAUGGGGUCUCUAUGGGGUCUGUAUGGGGUCAAUGGGGUCUCUAUGGGGUCAAUGGGGGCUAUGGGGACUAUGGUGUCUCUAUGGGGUCACUGGGGUCUCUAUGGGGUCUCUAUGGAGUCUCUAUGAGGUCUAUGGGGUCAAUAUGGGGUCUAUGGGGGCUAUGGGGUCUUUGUGGGGUCUAUGGGGUCAAUGGGGUCUCUAUGAGGUCUAUGGGGUCAAUGGGGUCUCUAUGGGGUCAAUGGGGUCUAUGGGGGCUAUGGGGUCUGUAUGGGGUCAGUGGUGUCCCUAUGGGGUCUCUAUGGGGUCUAGGGGGGGUUUAUGGGCUCUAUGGGGUCUCUAUGGGGUCUAUGGGGUCAAUAUGGGGUCUAUGGGGUCAAUGGGGGUCUCUAUGGGGUCUCUGUGGGGUCUCUAUGAGGUCAAUGGGGUCUCUAUGGGGUCUCUAUGGGGUCUAUGGGGUCAAUAUAAGGUCUAUGGGGGCUAUGGGGCCUCUUUGGGGUCAAUGGGGUCUCUAUGGGGUUUCUAUGAGGUCUAUGGGGUCAAUGGGGUCUCUAUGGGGUCAAUGGGGUCUAUGGGGGCUAUGGGGUCUGUAUGGGGUCAGUGGGGUCCCUUUGGGGUCUCUAUGGGGUCUAGGGGGGGUUUAUGGGCUCUAUGGGGUAUCUAUGGGGUCAAUGGGGUCUCUAUAGUGUCAAUGGGGUCUCUAUGGGGGCUAUGGUCCCUAUGGGGUCUCUAUGGGGUCAAUGGCGUCAAUGGGGUCUCUAUGGGGUCUGUGGGGACUGUAGGGUCAAUAUGGGUCUCUAUGGGGUCUCCAUGGGGUCACUGGAGUCUCUAUGGGGUCACAGGGGGCUCUAUGGGGUCUCUAUGAGGUCUAUGGGGUCACUGGGGUCUCUAUGGGGUCACUGGGGUCUUUAUGGGGUCAAUGGGGUCUCUAUGGGGUCACAGGGGGCUCUAUGGGGUCUCUAUGGGGUCUAUGGAGUCAGUGGGGUCUGUAUGGGGUCUCUGGGGUCUCUAUGGGGUCUCUAUGAGGUCUAUGGGGUCAAUAUAAGGUCUAUGGGGGCUAUGGGGUCUCUAUGGGGUCUAUGGGGUCUCUAUGGGGUCACUGGGGUCUCUAUGGGGUCUCUAUGAGGUCUAUGGGGUCAAUGGGGUCUCUAUGGGGUCAAUGGGGUCUCUAUGGGGUCUGUGGGGACUGUACGGUCAAUAUGGGUCUCUAUGGGGUCUCUGGGGUCAAUAUGGGGUCUAUGGGGGCUAUGGGGUCUCUAUGGGGUCAAUGGGGUCUCUAUGGGGUCUCUAUGGGGUCACUGGGGUCUCUAUGGGGUCACUGGGGUCUCUAUGGGGACUAUGGGGUCUGUAUGGGGUCAAUGGGGUCUCUAUGGGGUCUCUAUAGGGUCAAUGGGGUCUCUAUGGGGGCUAUGGGGUCUCUAUGGGGUCUCUAUGAGGUCUAUGGGGUCAAUAUGGGGUCUAUGGGGGCUAUGGGAUCUCUAUGGGGUCACUGGGGUCUUUAUGGGGUCAAUGGGGUCUCUAUGGGGUCACUGGGGGGGUCUCUAUGGGGUCUCUAUGAGGUCAAUGGGGUCACUGGGAUCUCUAUGGGAUCUCUAUGGGGCCUGUGAGUUCUAUGGGGUCUCUAUGGGGUCUCUAUGAGGUCUAUGGGGUCAAUGGGGUCUCUAUGAGGUCUCUAUGGGUCCCUAUGGUUCUCUAUGUGUCCCUAUGGGUCCCUAUGGCUCUCUACGGGUCCCUAUGGGUCUCUAUGGGGUCUCUAUGAGUUGCCCAGUGGGUUGUAUGUGUCUCCAUGGUGUUCUAUGGGGUUCUAUAGGGCUCUAAGGGUCUAUAUGGGGUUGUACGGUUCUCUAUGGGUCUCUAUGGGGUGUCUAUGGGGCUCUAUGUGUCCCUAUGGGGCUCUAUGGGUCUCUAUGGGGCUCUAUGUUUCUCUAUGUUUCUCUAUGGGGUCUCUAUGGGGUUCUAUGGGUGUCUAUGGGCCUCUAUGGGUCCCUAUGGGUCUCUAUGUUGUCUCUAUGGGGUCUCUAUGGGUCCCUAUGGGCCUCUAUGGGUCCCUAUGGGUCUCUAUGGGGCUUCUGUUGGUGUCUAUUGGUUUCUAUGGGUUCCGUAUGGGGGCUCUAUGGGUCUCUAUGUGUCCCUAUGGGGCUCUAUGGGUCCCUAUGGGGCUCUAUGGGUCUCUAUGGGGUCUCUAUGUUUCUCUAUGUGUCUCUAUGGCGUCCCAAUGCGUCCCUAUGGGUUCCCUAUGGGCUGCCGUUUCUCCUCCCGGCCGCCAGGCGGCGCUGUUGUUUC